AUGGCGGCUUGCCUCUCCCCCACGCUCCCUCGCCAGACCAUCCACCGCCGCCGCUGCUGGACCACAAAGCCUCCCUCCUCCCCCUCCACGGCCACCUGCCACCAGCGCCACCACCAUCAUAAGCUCAUCGGAACGCGCUACGGCGCCAUCUACGCACGCGCCUCCCCCGCGGACCCUGUCGCCCAGGGCCUCGACGCCGACGAUUUCCGCCACCCGCUCGACAAGCAGAACACUUUGCUGCUCAAAGCAAUUCCAGGGCUCAACGAUAUAGGCAAGGCUUUGCUAGGGCCGGUUUCUGAGCAAGUUAUGGUUCUUCAAAACAUUGGAUCAUCGGUUCUCGUCUCUGAAAACCAGUUACCUGAACUUCACCAGCUCAUGACCGAAGCUGCGAAAAUCCUGAACACGGAAGCACCCGACUUUUACAUACGGCAAAACCCUGUCCCUAACGCUUACACCUUAGCGAUAAAUGGGAAAAGGCCGUUCGUCGUCGUCCACACUAGCCUCGUGGAGCUGCUCACUAGAAAGGAAUUGCAGGCUGUUUUGGCACAUGAGCUGGGUCACCUCAAGUGCGAUCAUGGCGUCUGGCUUACCUUUGCCAACAUACUAACAAUGGGAGCAUAUACCGUGCCUGGUUUGGGAAUGGUUGCCGGGUUCCUUGAAGAACAGCUGUUCAGGUGGCUGCGAGCCGCGGAGCUGACCUGCGACAGGGCGGCUCUUCUCGUAGUACAAGACCCCAAGGUUGUCAUCUCAGUCCUGAUGAAGCUCGCGGGAGGAUGCCCGUCCCUGUCGGACCAGCUGAACGUGGACGCCUUCCUGGAGCAAGCCCGCUCCUACGACAAGGCCUCGUCGAACCCGGUCGGGUGGUACAUCCGGAACGCUCAGACGAGGGAGCUGUCGCACCCUCUGCCCGUGAUGCGAGCCCGCGAGAUGGACGAGUGGUCGCGGAGCCAAGAGUACAGGACCCUGUUGCAAAAAAUGUUUCGGUAG